AUGGCGUUUGCUCCGAUUCUCCGCCGCGUCUCCGCCGCUAAGAACCUCUUUCCUCUAUCUAGACUCGCCGUUGGUUCCUCUCCCUCCGUUAGAUCUCUGCAAACCGGAGCCUCCGGCGACGAUCGUCAACUCCCUCCGCCGCUUUCUCCGUCCUCCAUCGCUGGGUAUCACGUGAGCUCCGGGGGAUACAUGCGCGGAGCUGUGUUUCGGGAGCCAAAUCAGCCUCUAACAAUCGAAGAGUUUCACAUUCCACGACCAAAAGUGAAUGAGAUUCUCAUCAAAACCAAAGCUUGUGGAGUUUGCCACUCUGAUCUACAUGUGAUGAAAGGAGAGAUACCAUUCUCUACUCCUUGUGUUAUCGGUCAUGAGAUCACUGGUGAAGUUGUUGAACAUGGUCCUCUUACUGAUCACAAGAUCAUCCAAAGAUUUCCAAUUGGCUCUCGCGUGGUUGGAGCUUUCAUUAUGCCGUGUGGAACCUGUUCUUAUUGUGCUAAGGGCCAUGAUGAUCUAUGUGAAGACUUCUUUGCUUACAAUAGAGCUAAAGGAACUCUUUAUGAUGGCGAAACUCGUCUGUUUUUGCGUCAUGACGAUUCACCGGUGUAUAUGUACAGUAUGGGAGGGAUGGCUGAGUACUGUGUCACACCAGCGCACGGGUUAGCUCCUCUACCAGAUUCUCUGCCCUACACUGAGUCUGCGAUUCUAGGGUGUGCUGUUUUCACUGCGUAUGGUGCUAUGGCUCAUGCUGCUGAGAUCCGUCCUGGCGAUUCUAUUGCUGUGAUUGGAAUUGGUGGUGUUGGCUCUAGUUGUUUGCAGAUAGCUAGGGCUUUUGGAGCCUCUGAUAUAAUAGCUGUGGAUGUCCAGGAUGAUAAAUUGGAGAAGGCUAAGACUCUUGGUGCCACUCAUAUUGUCAAUGCUGCUAAAGAAGAUGCUGUUGACAGGAUAAGGGAAAUAACGGGUGGGAUGGGUGUGGAUGUUGCUGUUGAAGCCUUGGGAAAGCCUCAGACUUUCAUGCAGUGCACACUCAGUGUGAAAGAUGGUGGAAAAGCUGUGAUGAUUGGACUCUCACAAGCUGGCUCCGUUGGAGAAAUAGACAUUAACCGACUUGUUCGUAGGAAGAUAAAAGUGAUAGGGUCAUACGGAGGAAGAGCAAGGCAGGAUCUUCCAAAAGUAGUGAAACUAGCAGAGUCAGGGAUCUUCAACCUAACGAACGCGGUUUCAAGCAAGUACAAGUUUGAAGAUGCAGGGAAAGCGUUUCAAGAUCUCAACCAAGGAAAGAUCGUGAGCCGUGGUGUUGUUGAGAUACUAUAAAGCUAAAAAAAAAACCUGGUUCAGGUUUUGGUAAUGACUGCUUCAUACCUGAUUUCACUGAGGUCUAGUUGCUACAAAAUCUUCAGACAAGCUCGUUGUGUGUUUUCUGAUUUUUCCUAUGUGUUCUCUCUGAUAUUUUUUUUCAAACUAGAUUCAAGAGUUAUGUAUCGGAGUUGCUUACUUUAAAAUGAAGAAAAACCGCUGAAGUAAUAGAAAAAUUCAAAUAA